AUGGCUCCGCAGAAGUGUCUAGCCCUCGAACAAAAGGUAGCGCUCAUCCGCUCUGUGGAAAAAGGUGAGAAGCCCAAAUAUGUCAUCGCCAAGGAGUUCAACAUCCCAGCGGCAACGCUGUCGACAAUCAUGAAGAACAAGCAGGACGUCUUUGAUGGUUUCAAGAAGACUUUCUCAAGCAAGAGAAAGCGUGACCAAGGUUCGAAGUAUCCUGAGGUCAAUGAUUGGCUCGACUGCUUCAAAAAGUGGCAUGCUGUACGAAGCACUCCUGCCAGCGGUGAAAGUGGUGCCAUGAACCAGGAUACCGUGGAUACGUGGCGACAAAACCGGCUUGCAGAACUUCUGGGAGUGUACCCGGAGAGGGACAUCUACAAUCUUGACGAGGCUGCAUUGUUUUGUAAACUCCUUCCCAAGGGGACAUACACAACUGCGGACGGCUCUUCGUCAGGCGUCAAGCAAAGCAAGGAAUGCUUUACGGUCCUCUUCGGAGCCAAUGCUACCGGGGACGAAAAACUGCCGUUACUGAUACUGGACAAGGCAGAAAAGCCGCACUGCUUUCAUGGUGCAGCCCUGCCCAAGGACUGCGUCUAUAGAGGCAACAAGCAUGCUUGGAUGACAGCAGCCAUCUUCCAAGACUACGUGUGGCUUCUGGACCGCAAAUUCCCUGCAAGACAAUGGAAGGUAUUCGGAAAAGGAUGCUAG